AUGCAGUCCAUGGCGUUGAUUUUGACAGCCCACAAUCUUGAGCCGUGGGGUCAGCAUCUCUUAAAGAGAAUUGCUCUAUCUUUGGGCAACGUUCUGGGACAUCACAUCUCUCCGCUAGGGGGCGUCUCGGUCGCCCUAUGUAGUAAACAAUCUCGAGAGUUCUACUGCUAA